CUUUGCCUUGACCAUAUGUGUAUGAUAAUCGUGGUGAUUCUAGAUUUCCGAAUCUCUGUCCACACCUAAAGUUAGACUUUUGUGGAUUAUUGAUGCGUAAUCGUCGCGUUUUUUCCUCUACGUAAUUGUGAAGUGAAUUAAUUAACAAGAAUUAAUUAAUAAUUAAUUAUUAAUAAGAAGUGAAUAAGAAGCUGGAAUAAAUUGCAGAAAUAUACAGUUCAACAAAAAUUGAAUUAAGGUAAUAAGAUUCCAUUCCCGACAACACUACCAGGAUCUCCACCCACGUAUCCGUGGCAUCGUCCGAAGACGCCUACGCCCUGGUUCGAACUGGGGACACCACUGGUGAUUUCAAAUGGACAUGUGAUUUCAAUUUCAGUGGACGUGGUGAUUUCAAAUGCAGAGAUGAAUCGUAAGCUGAAGUCGACCAAUGGACCACGUAAACAUCCGAAUUACGAUACAAUCCUUGACGAGAAUGAUGUCGCUGUUGCUGACAUCAAAAAAGCUCUUCAGUUAAUUCCAAAUUUAAGUGAAGUAAAUUUAAGACGUUCAUUUAUCGAACGAUGGAUUGUAAAAUGCUUACAACUUGAAAACUUGUUAUCGAGAAUUCUCAUGUCGAUGUAUUUCACACAUCAAAAGCAAAGAUGUGUGAGCAUUCUACAAUCCAUCAUUAGACUUCGCGCAUUGUUUGAGUCCCAUAUUGUAGAUGGCGCUGCAAUCGGUGAUCCAGAUAUUAAUAAACGCAUUCGCUGGGCAGAGUGUGAGAGUGCUUUUGCGUGUAGACUGUACACUAAUGUGGUCUUGAAUCUCGCACACGUUGAUGUAAGCUCAUUUUUAGACGAUGCGUCUAUACGGUUUCAGGACCACAUUAGAGGUGCCUUAAAUAAGAAUGGACCCAUUCUCGUGUAUAGUGUUCUCAUCGCAAACUUUAAAAGGGUGGAGAAUGAUGAAGAAGUAGUGAAGCCAAUUCCUUUUGGAACCAAGGCCAACAGCAUCUUCCCUACAACACUUUUAGAUGAUUGGUUCAAGCAGAACAUCAAGCAGCCGAUUUUGCAUACUGUUGAAGAGUUCUACGCAAAAGGUUCGAAUUGGAAUAUUCAAUCAAUUAUAAGAUUAGAAAUCAAUGUAAAUAAAUACAAUCCAAUGCGUGCAAGCUCUUACAUUGAUUUACCGACAAAAAUUAAAAUUAAACAUGCAUGUAUAAACGUGCAAAAUAAUGACAAUGAAUGUUUUAAGUGGGCGGUACUGUCAGCUUUACAUCCAAAUAUCUCCGAUCCUAAACGUGUGUCUAAUUUUAAAGAAUUUAAAGAUGAAUUAAACUUUGACGGAAUUGAAUUUCCAGUAACGUUAAAAAGUGUUCCGAAAUUUGAAAAAAUUAAUGACGUUUCGAUUAAUGUCUACGGCCUUGAAAAGAGGUAUGGUGACUUUUCAGUACACCCUCUUCACCUUACGACGGAAAAAAGAGAUAGGCAUGUAAAUCUCUUGUAUGUUGCUGACAGGUAUGGGGAUGAAAGUGACGUCAAUAAUGAAUUGUAUGAUGACGAUGAUUUUAUGAACUUCCAUUAUGUAUGGAUAAAAGAUUUAUCACGCCUUGUAUCGAAACAAUUGUCUGCUAAAAAUGGUAAAAAACAUAUUUGUGACAAAUGCUUACACUAUUUUUUAUCUGUAGAUAGACUGAACGCACACAUCGAAAAUUGUAAAAAUGUGAAUGGGUGUAAAAUUAAAUUACCAGGGCCUAAUAAUUGUACAAUAAAAUUUAAAAAUUAUAAAAAUAAGGAGAGAGUUCCCUAUGUGAUUUACGCCGAUUGUGAAAGUCUACUUCUUCCCGCCGAUAAAGAUGUAGACAAUUUAAGUAAGACUCAAGUUUUCCAGCGUCAUAAAUUGUUAAGCAUCGGCUAUUAUAUAAAAUGCAGCUACGAUGAAUCAUUAUGUAAAUAUGUACCGUGUCCGGAACAUGAAUCCGACCCUGCUAAAUGGUUUGCUGAGGAAUUAAAGAAAUUAUCUGAGAAAAUUCAUAAUGUUUUUAAAAAUCCGACACCAAUAAAUACUUUAACUCCUCAAGAAAUCAAAGAUUUUAAGCGAGCGACAGUCUGUCACAUUUGUCAACAGAAAAUACAGGCAAGAGAAAAGAAAGCCCGUGAUCAUAGUCACCUUACUGGCAAAUAUAGGGGUGCUGCCCAUGAAUCAUGCAAUCUUAACUACCAAGAUUGUCAAACGAUCCCCGUAGUGUUCCACAAUCUAAGUGGCUAUGACGCCCAUUUUAUAAUUCACGCGAUUUCUACAAGUUUUGAAGGGAAAAUUGACCUCCUCCCCAUUAACAAGGAGAGGUAUAUCUCUUUUACUAAACAUGUCAAGGGGAGUGAGGUCAAAUUUCGAUUCAUCGACUCAUUGCGAUUCAUGUCAGAAUCCCUAGAAAAACUCGCAUCGUACCUAGACGAGUAUAAAAUUGUCAACUCCGUUUUUGCCAGUACGGUGACAGAUCCGGAUAAAAUCAAAUUAUUGACGCGUAAGGGUGUCUUCCCCUAUGAGUACUUUGACUCAAGAGGCAAGCUUGAAGAGACAGAAUUGCCUCCGAUAGAGAAAUUUUAUAGUACGCUUUAUGAUGACGGUAUUUCUGAUCAUGAGUAUGCACAUGCGCAGAAUGUAUGGACUGAGUUUAACUGUAAAAAUCUCUACGAUUACGUCCAUUUGUAUAUGAAAACAGAUGUGUUACUACUUGCAGAUGUCUUCGAAAAUUUCCGAGAACAAUGUGUUAACGCGUAUGGUUUGGACCCUGCACACUAUUAUACGACCCCCGGUUUAACUUGGGAUGCUAUGCUUAAAUAUACGAGAGUGGAAUUGCAACUUAUAACUGAUAUCGAUAUGAUGAUGUUUGUUGAGUCCGGUAUUAGAGGUGGCAUAAGUCAGUGUUGCAACCGAUAUACUAAAGCGAAUAAUCCAUAUAUGGAAAAUUUCGAUGAAAGCAAAGAUACAAGCUACAUCAUGUACUUUGACGCCAACAAUCUAUAUGGCUGGGCAAUGGCUCAAGCGCUCCCUUAUGGCGGCUUUAAAUGGAUAGACAAUGUCGACGACUCUUUCAAUUUUAAUGUAACUGAUAAUUCCUCUGUUGGGUACAUACUCGAAGUUGACUUGGAGUAUCCUAAAAGUCUCCACGACACGCAUAAAGACAUGCCAUUUUGUGCAGAAAAUGCAAAACCCCCUCUAUCAAAGCAGAAGAAAUUAUUAACAACUCUCCUACCCAAAGAAAAAUAUGUGAUUCACUACCGAACGUUAAAACAAGUUGUCGAUAAUGGCAUUAAACUUGUAAAAAUUCACCGAGUCCUAGCGUUUAAUCAAUCAACUUGGCUCAAACCGUACAUCGACAACAAUACGACGUUGCGAACCAACGCGAGGAAUGAGUUCGAGAAAAAUUUUUUCAAGCUGAUGAACAAUGCUGUUAACGGCAAAACAAUGGAAAAUGUCCGUAAACAUGUCGACAUUAGGCUUGUUACCAAAUGGUCUGGCCGCUACGGAGCUGAAGCCCUUAUCUCACGACCUAACUUCCAUAGUCGAGCGAUAUUCGACGAAAAUCUGGUUGCCAUUGAGCUGCGUAAAACCGAGGUACUGCUCAACAAACCAAUCUAUGCAGGGUUCAGUGUGCUCGAUAUAUCAAAAACGCUAAUCUACGAUUUUCACUACAAGUAUAUGUUAAAAAAAUACGCCCAAAAUUGUAAAAUUUUGUAUACCGAUACAGACAGUCUAAUCUACGAAAUCAAAUGUAAAGAUGUCUACAAUGAUAUAAAAAAUGAUAUCCAAAGGUUCGAUACGUCAGACUAUCCCGAAAACAAUGUGUAUGGCAUUCCGCAAGCCAACAAAAAGAUCCUCGGCCUUAUGAAAGAUGAGUGUAAAGGCAAGAUCGUUACAGAAUUUGUUGGCUUGCGAAGUAAGAUGUACAGCUUACGGGUUGAAAAUAAAGGGGUUGAAAAUAAAGAUUCUAUUAAAAAAGCCAAAGGCAUUAAAUCCGCCGUUAUAAAAAAAUCGAUUCAUUUUGAUGAUUAUGUAAAAUGUCUGCGAGAUUUUAAAAUUCAAUCUCGAACACAGUAUAAUAUUAGAUCGCGACUACACAACAUUGAGACUGUAGAACAAAUUAAAGUUGCGUUAAAUCCAAAAGACGACAAACGGUAUUUGUUACCGGAGAGUACCGAUACCUUACCAUGGGGACACUAUGCGAUCCCAGAAUCGACAAAUGAUUUGUAAAAUAAAAUGAUUUAUACAUGUAAAAAAAUAAAAGGUUUGUUAAUAAAUAAUACAAUUAUAUUAUAUUAA